ACACCUGCCGCUGCCACUCCCAGCACUGGCGGCGGUUUCAAAUUCAAGAUCAAGAACUCGCAACCGCCAACUCCUCAGAAUGAGUCCACACCCUCUCAGCCGCCGCGUCCGCCUCAACCAGCACUCUCGGCCGUUCCUAAGAAGAUUAAGAAACCCAAAGGACCCACCGAUGAUGCCAACAAGAAGCGCCCAGCUCAAGACGACAUUUCUCCUGCUCCCAAACGUCCCACUAUCAAUACUCAGGUCCCGAAGAAACGCUUCUCCUUGAAGCUUAGCAAUAGUGCUGGCGGACAACAAGAAUCGGCUACUUCAACUCCUACUCGCCUCAAGUUAAACGCGAGGAAACAAAGUGCUGGUCCAAAAUCAAUCUCGAUCGUUUCUCGAAAAUAUGUACCUAAGCGACCUGUUGGUGUCGGCUACGAUUCAGAAGCUAGUGAUGCAGAAGAUGAUCCAGCUAUUGAGUCGCAAUGGGUUUUGCGCAUGGAGCCAGGACCUGACUGCGAUUACUUGCGUGAAGCCAUCACCAACAAGACGCUGGGCGAGAAGCCAGAAAGCGGAGGAGCUUAUGUUAAUAUCAAGUUUCUGGACAAGGAUCUGCGCCGCGCCAUCGUCACUGUGAACAAGACUAACUAUGCUGCCGUCAUGGUCGAUUUACCGUGUAUUAUCGAGGGAAUGAAGAGUUGGGACAAACGUGGAUGGUGGAAGGUUGCCGAUAUUUGCCAGAUGCUCCUUGUCUUGGGUCCGACAGAGGGUGAGACAACAGCGAAGUACGCUCCUCUGCCGCGCGAAGUAGACAAGAACACAUUCCAAUAUGCACACGGCUUGACACCGCCAAUGCACUGGGUGCGUAAGAGGCGAUUCAGGCAAAGAGCUAGCUACAAGUCUGUCGAGCAUGUGGAUGACGAAGUGGAGCGUCUGAUCAAAGCCGAUGAACUGGUUGAGAAAUCAGGAGGUACCGUCAAGUACGACAUCGUUGAUACCGAUGCGAUGGAUCAACAAGCCCAAGGAGAUCAAGACAUGGACUACUACGACGAAGAAGAACCAGCUGAUUAUAGAACAACGACCGAGGACGCCUUUGGUCAAGCAUACACUACGGAGCCCAUGCAAGAGGAAGAAGACGACGAAGAUCUGGAAGGCAUGCUGGGUGCUGCUCUGUUCGAUGAAGAUAUGGCAGAUGCACCGCCACUACCACCCGCCGAUGCAGCAGCUGAAAUGAGCGCUACUCCUGCAGCCGCUCAAGAGGCAUCAAGCGAUGAAGAUGAUGAUGACGAUGAGUCCGAUGAGGAUGACGACGAAGGCCCAGACACUAUCGACGAGGAGAUGGUGGCAGAACAAGCGGUGCAAGCUCAAGUACGUGAGGAGAUUGAGGACCUGGAGAAGGAGGUUGCAAAUGCGCGCGUUAAUGUCGAGCGCUCCAUGAACCCCAUGCUCAGGCAGCGCAAUAUCAACAAACUGCAAAGUUUGGAGAGUGAACUCGCCAUGAAGCGCAGGAACUUUGGCAUGGAGGUUGACGACGAAGACAACGAGGAGUGA